AUGAACAAGUCUCCAAAUGAACUGGGCAAUUGCCUAUUUACCCCUUCCCUGGUUACGCCGCUGUCUGGCUUUACUACAAUUGUGAAUGCAGCGAUUAUUAUGGGUGGUAACGAUUCAUUGAAUACAGGUGCUCAAGUAGGUAUUGGAAUAGGAAUAUGUUUUGUAUGGGCUGCUCAAAAUGCAUUACGUAUUGAUCAACAAGGCUGGUUGAACAAUUUUACGGUAUUUUUUCAACUCGGGUCAGCAAUCACUAUUGUUGUAGUGCUUUUUUCUAUGGCAUCUGAGAGAGUUACAGCUCGUCAUGUUUUUACAUCAACAUACAAUGGUACUGGGCUCUUAUUCCCAUAUGUAUACGUCAUUAGUAUUUUGUCGACACUUUUUUCAUUCUCUGGUUAUGAAGCUGGUGCUCAUUUGGCUGAAAAAACUAGAGGUGCAAGUCGAGUAGCUCCCACAGGAAUUGUGGGCACUUUUAUAUGCAGCGCUAUUACUAGUUUCGUUUAUCUUCUUGCUCUACUGUUUGCUAUUUCGGAUAUAAACAAUUUUAUUAUGAAUAAUAGUGGAGAUAGUUCAACUCAAAGUUUCACUACUGAUGCUUAUCACACUGCCGUACCUUACGGAGGGGGAAUUGGUGUGACAAUUUGA